AUGAUAAAGUCGUGGAUCAAUUUUAUUAUCCUAAUAUGGACUUGCAUUUGUCUGGCAAGCAGAUCGUUGCUGUGUCCCAAAACUCCGCCUUUGAAAUUCUACCUAGUACGGAAAUGUCAACGUGCAUCUGCGGAUGAUGCUUUGGCAUUAGAGAACACUCCGACGUUAGAGGAGUGCAUCCAUUUGGCCCUUCAGUUGCGUGGCAUGGCCUUAAACUACGCUCCAAUUGACGAGCGAAGGAAAGUUUUGAACAUUAGCCAACUCCAGAAGGAUGCACGUAGUCAUUUGACGGUUUGGCAGCAACCAGAAGAAUUUUUCAAUUGCCACAUACUUCAGUGUCCACAGAACUUAAGCUUUUCGCAAAUGAUCAAUGACAGUCGUUUUGACUAUUAUAGCCUAUACGGCAGGCCGCCAGCGCUCAACAACUACACCUGUGUACCACAAGUGGGUCUUUUUAGCGUAUACCCUGCACCAAGCAGUUAUCUCAACGCCUCGCGAGUGUGUAGCAAUUCUAGCGAAUUCAGCGGAAGCUUAGCCCACAUAGUUUCUUCAGAACGGACAAUGGCCUUGUCCCACUUAAUGAUCAAUUUCAAUCAACCUUCCUCCAGCGUGAAAAACAUAUUUCUUGCCUAUAUAGGACUAAAGUAUAACAAUUCUGUUUCCGUAAAUUCCUACGACUUUCGCACUGGUCAGAACGAAAGCUUGCUUUGCUUUUUUUAUAGAGCCUGGGACAUUGGCCAUCCCAGCCUUGAAGUAAAUGACAACUCCAGCUGUGUGGCAUUGACUCCCCAGGGAGUUUGGCAAACUUUAAACUGCGAUCGACUGUUGCCUUUUAUAUGUGAAAUCCAUAUGCCAAGCGGCCGCGCAUCGAGCCUUGAACUAGAUAUCGGACCAAAUUCCGGAAACCAGUGCAAUCGUUACGAGGCGGAAUCUAAUUAAGUAAUGUUUUAGUGAUGGUGAUGAUGGUCCAACACUGUAUUAUUCGCAGCUCUUUUAUUCACUUAAGCCCUUUUGAAGAAAACAAAAGCCAAAAAAAUCUAAAUGUAAUCAUACAGAGUUUCAUCAUCUCCAGACCUACUGCAAAGAAUGAAGCGCAAGGUUUAGUGGUAUUUGUAGUUCCUGUGGUGCUUCAACUUGGUGUAGUUAAUCAAGUAAAAGAAC